UGCCCCGCAACUUCCCCGUCUGCCAUCCUUCGAGAUCCCAUUGCCAUACCGAGCUAGACUGAUUCAUUGCAAAAAAAGGGGGGAAAAGGCUUUAUUACUAGAUACACAGGAACCGAACUGAGGUAUUAAAUAGAACAGUCUUGUUCAGGCCUAAGCUGGAACAUGAAAGGCACUCAACAGCCGAUUAAAUUGCCUGGAAUUCUGCAGAAAACGGCGAAAAUGUUGUCUGUUCGCGGAACUGGAACUGGCAAAUCGGCCUCCGGCUCAGCCUCGACAACUUUGGCACAACCAGACAAAGGAACAUUCUAUAAUAAAUUUACUACAGCCGAAAAUGAACAUGAAAUGUCCACAUCUGCACAAUUCAGUUCCUUCUUCAGAAGAAAGCAACCACAGAAAAUGGUCGUUACAUCGGAGGAAAUAACAGCAUUUUUCCGACUUUUUGAUGAUGAUCUUAUCCAAGACUUCCUGUGGAUGGACUGUUGUGCAAAAACUGCUGACAAGUAUCUUUUGGCCAUGGUCUUUGCAUAUUUCAAAAGGGCUCAGUACACUAUCAAGCAGUACACAAGAAUGAAUUUCUUCGUAGCACUGUAUUUAGCAAGUGAUAUGGAAGAAGAUGAAGAGGAUGACAAGUACAAUAUCUUCCCUUGGGCAUUGGGAAGGAACUGGAGAAACACUUAUACUGGCUUUCUGCGCAAGAGAGACAGACUCCUAAGGACUAUCCAGUACAGGGCUGCAGUCAGUAGAAAGUGUUGUGAAGAGGUUAUGAGCUUGGUCCCAGACCAUAUCAUCUGGAAACGUGAACGAAUGCCGCACCAUGCCGGAGCUGUCAGGAAAUACCCAGACUAUGACGAUGAUGAAGAGGCCAUUCCUAUGGGACCUGAUGCAACACCUGUUCACUGCAGAGCAUGUGAGAAAGCAGGGGGAUUUGCCUUUGACAUUGAAAUUCAUCAUAGUCCAGAUAGUGGCUUUCUCUACCUAUCAUCAUGCACAGAUAGCUCUACUGAUUCAGCAGGAAGCAUUGAGGAAAUGGACAGCUCAUCGUAUCCUAAGUUGGAAGAGCUUCCUAUGAAAGGUCAUGGGGACUUCAACUUUGAGGAAGCGUCCAUCUGGGCAGCCAGAGAUGAGUGAUAUGGUUUACAUCAAAUAAUCAAUGCCAGUAAUGGGUGUACAGGUAAAAUUAUCUUGUAGACCUAUACUUGCU